AUGAAUCAAUCUAGUGUUCAACUUCUUGAUCUACCUGACGAGGUGUUAUUGAAUAUAUUGAAGAAACUUGACAAUGUUGACGUUCUUUAUGCAUUACUUGGUAUCGAUAAUGAACGACUUAACAGUUUAGCACGAGAAGAGACUUUUUCUAAAACCUUAAGUUUAGUGUCAAUUAUUCAUAAUACGACGAUGGUUGAUUCAAUACUUGAUCGGUUUUUCAAUUAUAUAUUACCUCAAAUUCAUGACAAUGUGAAAUGUCUUACUAUUGAACCAGCGUUCAUGGAACGUAUUCUUCUUGCUGCUAAUUAUUCCAAUUUGACUGAGUUGAAAAUCAUUAAUUUUCAACGUGACAAUUCAUCACGUUAUUUCGCAGAUGAUUCGUCGCUUCGACAUAUCUUCAAAAGACAGAUUACAAAACUUGAUCUUUUUGUUAAAGAUUGCGAACGUGAAGUAGGAUCAUUGAAAGAUUAUACAAAAAACGUUUUUGCUCAGGUUUUAACCUCCUUCGAGAAUCUAAAUCAUUUGAAUGUGACUGGAACAAUGAUCCCUGCAUCUCCAGGUCUAUCAAUUUGUUAUUUAUCAUCGAAUACUUUCUCAUCGUCAACUCUUACUUAUUUAUGUAUUAAUGUCUCAUAUUUCACUGAUUGUCUUUGUUUACUUGAUGGUCGUCUCAAACACUUGUCUACAUUUAUUGUUCGAAUUUAUUGUAUGGAUACGGAUUUAUCAAUUGUCCACAACUUGAGUGAACUACCGAACAUGGAGGUGUUUUCAUUAAUACAUUAUGGUUUAAUUGAAGAAUAUAAUGAUAAAUUCGUAUCUCUUGUUCGUCGUAUGUUAUACCUGGAAAAGUUAACUUUAUAUUUGCGUAUCGCUUGUCCAAGUGUUUACAUGGAUCCGAUUAGUCUUAUAAGUGAAUUUUCUGUGAAUACGUCACGACUUCACUCAUUCAACUUUUAUCUUAGUACGGAGAACAAUAAAAAUGAUUUGGCUCGUUCUUUAUCCAAUAAUAAUAUUAAACAAAAUUUUACGAAUACAGGAUAUCAAGAAGUGUCGAGUAUUGUUUCGUUUUCUGCUUGCACAGCUACACAUCAUGUUUUUACGCUUCCUUUUGAGUUCGUCAAGCUCCUGGGUAUUGGUAAUAUAUUUCCAAACAUUGUAUUCAAAAAUGUCAUCGAAUUAUGUGUGCGUGAUAUGGUUCCAUUUGAACAUGAAUUCUUCUUACGAAUAGCUCAAGCGUUUCCAAGAUUACAACGCUUCUAUAUUAGCGAUCUUUCAUCGCAGUCACAUAAUUGGAAGAAAUCAACUGACAUCGUCGAACCCCAUCAAAUAGUUGAGUAUCCUCAUCUGACUUUUCUUGACAUUACGAGAGUAAGCAUCAAGUAUGUUGAACAAUUAUUAGAUGAAACCAAAACGCAUCUACCUUCCUUAACUGAAUUACAUGUUCGAUAUGAAGAUUUAAGAGUUGUAACAGAAGAUUUCACACGAGAACUAACACGACGGAAUUGUGCCAAAGUGACACGAUUAAAAACUUGGAGAGAAAUUGUUGGUUCGAAGGACUUUUACAUUUAUUUUCCUUUGCUGUAA